UCAAGUAGAUCUAUUAGAUCUAGACUUAGUAUAGACUCUAGAUCUAAUAUAUGGACAUAAAAUAAUCUAGAAUAGAUAGUUAGAUCUAUACUCUGUCUAUAUUUUGUCAUCAGUGUGUUUGUGUUGACAUUGACUUUUGAACUUACUUCAGAGGAAAGAAAUAAGUUGUGACCUAUGAUUCUGGAAAGCUUUUGUUGUUAUUAUAUUGUGUGUGAUUGUCUAUAGGAACUAUAAACCGAACUGUUACAUAUGCAAUACUAAUAUUAUAUACUUGUUGGCAAGUCUGGAUAAUUGUGAAUAAGAAAAUGAAAAACAAAAAUACAAUAAACAAUAAUUUGAUAGUUACAUUACCAAAUGGGUGUGCAUCAAAUAAAACUGUACUUCUUAGUAGUUCACCUGUGAAGAAAGAAAGGGAAAAAACCUCUCAAGAUUUGUCUUCGAACAUUUCCGAUUCACAACAGGCAGGAAGUCAAACUAAUGAUGAACACAGUCUACAGAAUUCACAGAAAAAAAAGAAAAGGAAAGGUUCUAAAAAGAAACAUGAUGGUACUUCCAAUUGGAUGAAUCUUUGCAAGACAUUGAGCAUUGUGCCUAGUAGAAAGGUAACAGUGAAAAAAAGACCAGUGGAAGAAAGCACAGAAAGUCCUGAUCCUAAAAAAAUGAAAUCAGAUGUUUGGUUUGAUAAUGUAGACAACAUACUGCUUGAUACUGAGAAAACUGACGUAGAUAAGACAACAAAAAAAGACAAAUUAGAUCCUUUGGUGAAGCCUGAUUCUUUUAAAGGUUUAACUAAUUGUGUUGCAAUGGACUGUGAAAUGGUUGGAGUGGGACCGAGUGGAAAUGAAAGCAUUUUAGCUAGAGUAUCAAUUGUAAAUCACUUUGGUGUUUGCCUUUAUGACAAGUUUGUUUUACCAAGAGAAGAAGUUACAGAUUACAGAACAUUUGUCAGUGGUGUUACUGCUGAAAACUUGGCAUCAGGUGAAGAAUUUGUAAAGGUACAAAAAGAAGUGAGUGACAUUAUUCAUGGCCGAAUUUUAGUUGGACAUGCUAUUCAUAAUGAUCUCAGGGCAUUAUUUCUUACCCACCCCCAAAGAAUGAUACGUGAUACAAGUCUAUACAAACCAUUUAGAGAAUUGUUCAGUGGACGAUUACCAUCCCUGAAAAAGUUAACGGCAAAAGUUUUAGGUGUGUCAGUGCAGGAAGGUCAACACAGUUCAAUUCAAGAUGCCCAAGCAACAAUGCGUUUGUACACUAUGCACAGACAGAAGUGGGAAAAAGAAUUCAAACAGAAGAUAAGACUUAAGAAAAAGAAAAGAAAAAACAAGAAUUUGAAAUAAAAGAAAUAAUAAAAAAAAAAAACAAAAAAAAA